CCCAGCUUUUUCUUGCAAGGAUCUGAAUCUGACACGGUUUUUCUCGUAACAAUUAAUGAUCCACAAUGAUCACCACGUGAAUGCAACAAUUGAACUGAAUUGAACUAUCGCGUAAAAAUGCUGACGCUCAGAAACAUUAUCACGAAAGUGCACACGUGCUCGUAUCAAGCAUUGACGUACUGCACGAAAUCCAGUGAACAAAUUCCUCAGCAAGGUACAGAGCAAAUCGAGGAACAGAUUACAGAGCAAAUUGAUCCGAUUAUUUCUAAGAAGAAUUUCGACGACGAAAAAUUCCUCUACCAAAAGCCGCGAGAAGUAUGGCUGGAGAACUUGGACACCGUUCAGAGUAAAAAAUUAGGACUCGUACAACUACAUCCCACUGUUUAUGGAGCAGCUCCAAGGAUAGAUAUAAUUCAUCAAAAUGUGCAAUGGCAAAGGAUGUAUCGUUGGGUGUGUUAUGCACAUACGAAAACACGUGCAGAGGUAAGAGGCGGUGGUAGGAAACCGUGGCCUCAGAAGGGAACAGGCCGUGCACGUCACGGCAGCAUACGUUCUCCACUGUGGAGAGGAGGCGGUGUCAUUCAUGGUCCCAGAUCUCCUACGACCCAUUUCUACAUGCUACCCUUUUUUACCAGAAUCGCUGGGCUUACAUCCACGCUGUCUGUGAAAUUAGCCCAAGACGAUAUGUACAUUGUUAAAGAUCUAGAGAUCCCGACAAAAGAAAGAUCGUAUAUAGAAGAACUAAUAGAUGAAAGAAAAUGGGGUCCCUCCGUGUUAUUUGUUGAUACCGAAGAUAUGAUGCCUAUAAAUAUUGCCGAAGCUACAGAUACGAUCAAGCAUGUAAAUUUAAUGCCGGCGUAUGGAUUGAAUGUCUACAGUAUGUUGAAACAUGACACUUUAGUUCUGACCGAAAGAGCUGCGCGCUUAAUCGAAGAGAAAAUACUGUUUCAAUAUCACAGGCCAGACAGUCGUAAAUUAAUGUCAACAAAGAAGCUGAAUCAGUAAUUAGGGAAAGAAUUAAAUAUCCGUUUAUUAUAUAUCAAAUUACAUUUAUUUAUUACAACGUUAAACA